AUCACAAGUAUGUUCCAGGUAACCUGAUCUGGAAGGGGACUUUUGGUCAGCCAUUGAAAUGCAUCGCAAGGCUAGGCUCUGCAAAAUCGACUGAUAAGUAUCAGACUGUUUCCAUUUUCUGCAGUUCAUAGCCCAGCAAAAUUUACUCUUCAACUGGCGUCGCAGAAUUUUUUCUUCCAUAGCAGGUCUCCCACUAAUGGAGAUAAAAUAAUUACCUACGAAGCACUUUUUCAUUUUCUAUCAUUCCAGAGCAUUCAUCUUUACCAAAUCCUCAUACAAACAUCGUGCCAGCUCAAGCAUUUAUCGAGAGUCAUAUACUUAUGGAUAUCGGAGCACAAUCAUUACUGCCCACUGGAGGUCACAAAGUCCUCUCAAGAGAAGAGUGGUUGAAGCUCAAGCCAAUCAUACUGCAAUUAUAUAUAGACGAGAACCAGACAUAUUCUACUGUUGCUAGUGAGCUUGCAAGAAGGUUCGACUUUUAUCCUACAAAACGUCAAUUCACACGGAAAAUCGAGGAAUGGGGUUUGAAGAAAAAUUUCAGGAAGGCAGAAAGGAAGCUCCUUCUGCAAAAUAACAUGAGCAGCGGCACAGCGCAGUUUAUCAUCGGGGACAAACGUGUCUCAGAUACCAAAAGGAUCCAAAGAUUGAAGAAAAGAUAUGCACAUGAAAACCCAUGUUCUCAAGUGCAAGGAGUUCCAUCUUAUCAGAACAUCUAUGUCCCACCAAAAUCUGAUGGAUCGUAUUGCUCACUUGAAGAGCAACUACUUACAUCAGAUCAUGUAGAUGCAAUCGCUUCAGCUCAUGUAGCAUCGACAGCCUUAGACGUCACCGAGGAGGAUGGUGCUUUGGAUCUGGAACAAUUGCCGUUAGGUGGGGACAAUGAUUUUCAUGGAUCUUUUGGACUGACUCGAUUGCUUCAACGGUUGGAGAUUGAAGCCUCUAUGCCACCGCUCAAUCUCGAUGAUGAAGUGGUGAACACGAAACAAACUAUCUCCGGAAACGAGCUUCGCAAUAACGUAGAGUCUUACGGAACAACAAGUAGACAACUAUCUACCUUCUCUAGCGGCGUCAAAUAUGCUUACAUUCCCAAUGUUGUGGUACAACCGGUUUCUAUCUCGGGAAAAAGAAUCCCGUGGAGCCCGUUAUUCGAGCUUGAUCUUUUUCCAACUUCUCAAAGUACGCGUGGUAAUGGGUGUGAAAUGUCGAUUGCAUCUUUAACCAGACCAUUGAUUGACGUAUGGGACAAAGAUAUUAAGGAGUGGAAGCUUAAGCUUCAGAAAUUUAGGAAGACUUUACCAGACCAUAACCCAGCAAUUAUUUUAAAUCUCGAGCAUUUGAUACAUCUCUUUGAGCAACAAGGGAUGGAUUCUUUACAUUUAUGGCAUCAACUUUUAGCUGCAAGGCUGAGAGAGAGCUGUCCCAAUAAUCACAAGAUAAUGGAGGUCUAUCUUGAAAUUGUCAUGCUGCUUUUGUUGAAAGGGAAAUUCCCAGACGCGACAUACCUAUCUCGAAGCUUGCGUAAAGCGAUCCAAAAAGCGCAACUGAGCUCUGAACACCCCUUCCAUAUCCGACUCUCCUACCUCGAAGCUUAUAUUUUGUACAUCGAUCGUCAAUUUGCAGAGGCCGAGUCAAUCAUUCGACCAGUGAUACAGAACCUCUUAAACAACCAAAAUCUGGACCGUAGUCAUAAAAUGACAAGUGAUGCACUCAUACUUCUUGCGUUUUUGAUCCAAAAGAAAGAUGGAUAUUCAUAUUCUGAAAUCGAGAAAUUACAUGGAUACAACAUUCACCAAGUUAGUAAACACGGCCCAAGCCUAGGUGGUAUUUACUUCGAAAAUAUGGGCCAAUUGGUGUACAUUCUGUUGGAAGGCCAAAAGAUUGAAGAGGCUCACAGUCUUUGCGUUUAUAUGAUGGAAUGCGUAGAAUCAACAUUAGGUAAGAGACACUAUUGGUAUUCUAACUACCAAGAGCAGCUGGGUCUUAUUCUUCUUAAAAAAGGGUUGAUAUCGGAAUCUAUCGAUGUCUUCCGCAAUAUAUUGCUCGAAGAAGAUGAUGGCCAUCUAAGAAGCAUGGCUUAUCAGAAUAUAGGUCAGGCACUAAGUGAAUGUGGAAAUUUAAGGGAAGCAAUAGUCAUGUACAAGAGCUGUCUCUUGAUGGAGGUUCAAGAGAAAGAUUGGGGAGAUUUGAGGAGUUUGGAAGUGAUAUGUCGCAACUUAGGAAUUUUUUAUGAAGAGUUGAUGCAAUUUCAAGAUGCAUUGUUCUUGUAUGAGAAUUUUUUGGGCAAGAUAAAGGAUACCGCUGGCGAUAAAUGUCCGUUGAUCAAGGAAGUCGAAGAUUGGAUCUCUAAGGUACAAGAGCAGAUGGAAGAGAGUAGCGUAAGUGAUGAGGAUGAUGGAAGUGAAAACACGGAUCCUUCGCGUGAGGUCCAAAUGGGAGAAGUUAAUGAUGAAUUGGGAUAUGGGCAGUUUGUCGAGGGUAUAGUAGAUGACGUGAGCUUGAGAGAGAUAUUUGAGAUAGAAGACAGGGGGCUGGAUGAAAAGAUUGCCGAUAUCAGUAAACAGAUUAGUUCAAUAAAGCUUUCCUAGAGUACUUAGAGGAG